AUGAACACAGGACGUCAUGCUUCAGCUUCAAAAUCUGGUAAUCAAAAAGCUACGCGAAACAGCCCCAGGGCAAUCCUCGCCCUAGAUCUCGAAGGGGCGUUCGACAAUGUUACUCAUGCUAGUAUACUCACUAACCUCAAUGAGACGAGGUGCGGGAGGCGCACUUUCGGAUAUGUGAAAGACUUUCUGUCCUCCCCCAAGGCACGAAUCUCAAGGGGUGAAGAGCGAUCAGAGCUCAUUGAAUCGAGGGAGCGGGGCACCCCGCAGGGAGCGCUGUUAUCACCACUCCUGUUUAAUCUGGCCUUACUGCCACUGCCACGAUUGCUAGACCAAAUCGAAGGAAUCGGACACGCGUUCUACGCGGACGAUGUUACUAUAUGGACGGAGCGAGCGGGCUCUGACGGCUGGAUGGAGGAGACACUUCAGGCGGCAGCACUCACAAUGCACGAGUACGCGAAGACCUGUGGACUCAGCUGCGCGCCGCAGAAGUCGGAACUCCUCGUAAUCCAACCAGGAAAGCCCCGCAAGCAGCGCCCACGAGACAUCUGCAUCCAAGUUGACGGCACCACAGUCAAGCCGACGGACACAUGUAGAAUUCUCGGACUCCUAAUACAAGACAAUGGAAAAGCACACGCCGUCAUCGCCAAGAUGAAGACCAGCGCGGAGAAGAUCUUAUCCAUGCUGAGAAGGGUUUCAACUAGAAACAGAGGACUGAAGGAAGACGAAGCCCUCAGACUAUUGCAGGCCUUCAUAACAUCCAAGAUAACAUAUUCGGCCCCGUAUCUCCAUCUAGACAAGACUCAAAAGAAUACAAUCGAUACCAUCAUCAGAAAGGCUAUCGAGCAAGCACUCGGCCUACCCAUCUAUUCAUCGACCCAGUGCCUUCAAGCCAUGGGGGCACACAACACAGUCGACGAACUCAUAAAAGCCCACCUGUCUAACCAGCGACUCCGCCUGAGCCAGACAAAUCAUGGCCACGCGGUGCUGGAUAAGAUAGGGUGGCGCAAGGAGAGAGCAACAAUCAAGAGGUACAUCCCAACUGAAUGGAUGACGUCAAUCACCACCAAGCCCUUACCCCGAAACAUGACGCCGGAGAAAAAUGAUGGCAGGAGAUAA